AUGGAAGCGCGAACGCCAGUUCUCUUGAACGGGUCGAGAGAUGAAGAUGUCACCAUGCGGGACUCUCCAGCGGGUGCUGCCGUAGAGUCUCGUCCACUUGCUGAUCCUAUUCCGGAGAAUGGAGUGGCUUCGGGUUCGACACCACGGCCUUCAUAUACGCCGCAGUUCUCAUCAGCUUCAUGGAUCCUCAGCCGUAUAAAAUGUGAUCAGCAGGCGGCGACCUCAAGCUUUCCGGCUGUAUCAGAGACGGCUACGCAGGCAGAAGACGGAGGAAAGGAUGGUUCGAAUGAACAGCAUGGCUCCGGCGUACACGAUACGCUGCCAAUGCCUCUAUCGCCGGCUCAUCAACCAUUCGCCAGCGUGGCGGAUAUGAUUGCCGCGGGCUCUCAGCUCAUCGGAUUGAAGAGAAAGCGAGAUGCGGGCGACGAGGGAAAUGAAAGGGAUGACUUUACUCAAAACACAAUAUCCCUUCCCAUACCUGCUCCAAGGCCUGCAGUGAUGCCAUCAGCCACAGAGACGCCGAGCAGCGCGCUGUCGGGCAGCGAUGCAAUCUGCUUCAAAUGCGGCGAGGGAUCAUUGGGACCGCACAGUCCACUCAUACCAUGCGGCAGUUGUUCCAAACCGUGGCACCAAGGAUGUGCGUCAUUGACAAUGAAAGAGGAGGAUUUGCAGCAAGCUUCAAGGUUCACAUGUCCUUCGUGCUUGAGGAUGGGUGACAAGGAAAGGAUACACCGCGCGGGCCACCGACAUCAAAAUGAAACGGAGAGGAGACGAGCAAAGAACUUGGCUGCUUUGCCAGAGGGUGUCGUUCCGGCCAAGCCAGAGCUGGUUGGUUUCCGGUCAGGGCAGGCAUCGGACGCGGCAUUGACGGAAUAUUUCUAUGGAAAGAAGAAGACAGAUCUGUUGAACAUUCUGUCAUUUUGCGAUCAGCUCAAGCCGCAGUUGCUGGUCGACAUCAUGGUCUCUGUCGCAAAGAAGCAUCCCGAGCUCCCCAUGUUUGACUCUCCAAGCUGGAAUGCCAAAGCCAUGGGCGCCGUCACGGUCAGGACAAAGCAUUCACAUCAAUCUCGGUCUACCACGCGGCUGCGACAUGGACACACCGUGCUGGAAUCCAGAAUCAAGCACAAACACAAGGUCUUGAAAAAGACGAUCAAGGCGGCACCCAUCUCACAGGAGGAAGAAUCACCGCCAGUGGAUGAUCAAGACGCUCUGCCGCCAUUGUGGCCCAAGGCUGGCGAGGGCCUGUACGCUAAACUUUGUCCAGAGGAUGAAGACCGGGCGUUUUUGUUGGAUGAGAAUGAUGAAGAGGCGUUUAGUCAUUUUGGGGUGGACAAGUUUGGCAAGCAGAUUUCUAUUCCUGUAAGUGCUUGA